CUUCCCCGGCUCAAUUCCCAAUUCCACAAAAUCAAAACAACCCCACCCUCCACACCUCAACCUAUACCCAGCAUGUCAAUGUCCCUACAGAAUGUCUGGCAUCUGCGCCGCGUGGCAGAUACCGCCGCGAAAGCAUGUCACAUUUGCUACAAACCAUCUAGUAGUGUUCUGAUCACGCCUGAUAAUCGGGACUUCUUCUACGUCUGCCCUUCUCACCUCACGGACCAUCACUUCUGCUCGCCCAUCGUCGAUACAGAAGCCGCGGCAGCCAAGGCAAGAGAGGAGGCUAUGGCGAGGGAGAUUGAGAAGGUGAAAAAGGAGUAUGAGGAGAAGCAGAAGCGGAAAAAGGAUGCCGAAACAGAGAAAGAGAAGGAGAAGGAGAAAGAUAAGAAAGACAAGGAUGACCAGUCGAAUACGAAGAAGGUAGAUGGCGAGGAUAAGGCGAUUGAGAAAGAACGCGAUGAUAAGAUUGAGGAUAUCAAGAAAUCGGGUGAUUCGUCUUCCUCGGAUGACGGACCUCGGGUUUUUGCUUUGCAUAAGAACUUUUAUCAAAUGCGCAUAGACCGGAUGCGCAAUGCUGAGAUCGCGAAGAGGAAUCGUCAGCGCCUACAGGAUCCGUCUCUGUUCCCGUCGGUUCCAACGGGCGGACUUUGAAUCAUUGCAGUUUAAUGAUGAUGCUCGUCUUGUGGCUUGGUCGUUGCAAUGCUGACGCCGUGUUCGGGUUGCCUA